CAACUGCUCGAAAAACAAAUCCAAUAAACAUUUUCGAUCGACAAUCGAAUAAUUCUGUCCGUUCAAAUAAAAGAAUAGUACGAAUUUUGUGUGAAGGAACUUUCGACGUGAUACAUAUACAUUCAUCUCGCGGAAUACCAGGGCCGCGGACGCGCUGUUUAUGCGAAAUCCUGUGGCUCUCGUGGUGGCGAGAACGGAGAGCGCAGGCGUCCGGAAUCCUGUGGCGGCAAGCGAACUCCGAUUUUCUCUAGUGUCGCGUCAACUGCCGCUGGAGAGUCGUGUACAUCGCACCCUGCCGGCUAGGCUGUGCUUAACAACCCCUUCUUUUUGCGUGGCUUUACCACGUUCACUACUUUUGUCUCGUUAAAAGUUAAGUCCGGAAUUAAAAAGUACUUCCGAGAUGCGCCGAAUUUACGUUGCGCAAAUUAUUAUGCAUAUACACGUGAGUUUUGAACACUUUUUUGACAUUGUGUACUUGGUGUAAUCUGUAAACUCUUUUCGCGCCUUUUUGUUUUAGUAUAUUAAAAUAAAUGUAUAUCGUGACACUCGUAAUUAAUUCGAGAUUGUAAAGGAUUAACCUAACCUAACCGUGACAAUCUCUUCGUGAUCGGAGUUCCGAUUUCGAAACCAGACUGGAAUUUUCGAUUUACGUAUAAGAGGUCGUGAAUGAGUGUGCAGGAUCGGAAGGGCGAGUAUUGUGCGUGCAUUUUGUAGGAACGCAAUCGUUCAAUGUGAACUGGUGGACGCGAUCUCGCGUGGUGGCGAUUUCGUUCGAAAAGCGUUCAUCCCGAACGCGUCCCAUUUCCGGUCGUUUGCCGUUCGAAAACGUGACGUAUUUGCGAAGAAGUGCAUCGAUCAUGAAUUGGUGCGACGUGCAAGCUUACGCGGAUUCGGUCGACAAUUGGUCCGUACGUCGAGGAAUAUUCGCAUCGGACGCCAAAGCAUGAAGAACGACGCAUUGACGUAAUGAUGCAGAGAGCAGUGCUGCUGCUCUGUUGGCUGCCGCUCCUCAACCACUGCCACGCCGUAAAUCCAGGUUGUUCUUGUGUUGUAUACAGCAGCUCGGACAGACCUCAGGGUGGCACUUUUACAUCUCCUGAUUUUCCAAAACGAUAUCCACCGAAUAUCGAUUGUCUUCUGUACACAUUCAUUGGUCAUCCAGAUGAAAUUGUUGUUUUGACGUUUCAUCAAUUCAACAUCCGUCGUAUCUGGCCCGACUGUACAAGAGGAGAUUUCUUGAAGUUAUUUUUACACCUGGAGAGUAAGGGCAUUUCCGAAUACACCCCUUGGUCUGGUGUGCUUUGCGGAGAACUGCGUGACAUCCCACAAGUUCUUUACAGCUCGAGAUCAACACUCAUUCUGGAGUUUCACACUCAGUUCCCAUCAUCUAAUGCUACUGGCUUUUCCGGCACUUUUCGUUUCAUCGAUAGACGUUUAUUCGAGAUGGACGGUCUGCUGGUGCCCGGCACGAUGUGCGACCACGAGUUUGUCAGUUCGCAAUCGACGCCUCAAUAUGGACGAUUUUAUUCGCCGCGCUACCCAUCCUCCUAUCCGAAGAACAUCCGGUGCUCCUACCUCUUCCGGGCAAGGCUGAAGGAGAGAAUCCGUUUAGUCUUUGAAGAGAUUUCUCUGCAGAAAGGAGAUCUGAGUUGUCUGAAUAGAGCGGAUUUAAUCAAGGUGCACGACGGAACGGAUUCAGGGGCGCCUACAAUAGCCGUGCUCUGCAACCAGGGAACGGAAGUGGAGGUACUCAGCACAGGACCAGGUCUCUAUGUUGAGUUCGUAGCUAAUUCUGAAUGGCCGGGCCAGGGUUUCAAGGCGAUGUUCCAAUUCCAGCCAUUGGACGAUGCGCUGCAUCCUGAGCCGGACAAGGUCCCAGGAGCCGUUACGGGGAACCCCAAGUACUCAGUCAUCGGACCAGCUGUCAGCGCUACUACGUCUCUCUGCGAUAUGGUUUACAACAGCGAUACAACAAAAACAGGCAUAGUUAUGUCACCUGGAUACCCGAAUCCAUAUCCAUCCAGGACACAUUGUACAUACGACUUCCAAGGAAGAGGAAAGGAACGGGUGCAGGUGAUAUUCCAGGACUUGAAUCUGUUUCAUUCUCAGAGCAAUCCAAAUGAUUGCGAGGGGGUCGAUUCACUGGUGGCAUUCGUGAAUAUAGAUGGAAAGAAGGACAAAAUAGAUUCGUUCUGCGGAGAUAUACCACCGCGGCCUAUCAUGAGCAACGGUCCGCGGCUUUCCUUGGAGUUUCAGGGACUAACGUCAUCUCGCCAUUCGAGAGGCUUUAAAGCGACAUACACUUUCAUGGAAAACUUUGGUAUAACGACAGGUCGACAGGAGGGGCAGUAUCCGUGUGCCUUUGUUUUCAACAGCAACGAGACUCGGAACGGUACAUUCACGUCGCCAAAUUACCCUGGACUGUAUCCUCGUGCCACGGAAUGCUACUACUUCUUCAAUGGUCAAUCUAACGAACGAGUUCACCUUCAUUUUCACUUCUUCGACGUUGAGGGAGUGUUACCAUGCGAAGCUAUAUCAGCGAGCGAUUAUGUUGAAUUUUCAAACUAUAUGACCAGAGAUCGCAAGUAUCCGAGGCACUGUGGUCAACUGAAAGAAUUCGACGUUUACAGCGAGAGGAAGUUCUUCCGCGUUACGUUCAAGAGUAACGAUCGUCUCGACGCCACGGGCUUUAAUGCCAGUUACGUGUUCCUGGACGAGGAAGAAAAUUACACGAUGAAGAUACCUGCAAGCAACGGAUCGGCACGGCACGGUAUCACGCUUCCGCCCCCGCUGUUGCUGUUACUGCUGUUGUUCACGAGUUGUCUCUUCGUUGGCGGCGGAAGCUCGCAUUAAGAAAAGGCAGUCACAGCGACCACGCGGACGAGUCCUGGCUCAAUUUACAACGAACCGCAACUUUAAGAUCGAGAGCCAUCCAGAGUCGCCAAUAGCUCAACUCACCGAAGAAAGUGACGACCUCGUUGACAAAUUUGUCGAGAGGGAGUGUGUUACUCAAGUCUAUUAUCCGACCGGGACAUGAAGUCUUAAAUUUGUCUACGCAUCCUUUCUCAUUCUAUCUCAUUCGUUCGCGUCACGUCGACUAUUUCGAGGAGAAAGCAUCAGCGGUGAAAUACUUUUACGUCUAAACAGCGUGCAAGAAAAACGACCGUGCGGACGAUGUCAUUCAUCAGGAACUCGUCGCCCGUUACCGUAAACAGGAGAAGUGGGAUUAAUUGGCUGCGUGGCUAAAUUGCUAGUAGUAGCCUACGUGGGUAAGUUACAGUCGACAACUAAUUCUUCCAAGAAGAAUUUUUACUUUCGGAGAAGUAUAAAUAAAUUUUUGUGGGAUGGCUCGCUGC